AUGCACACCAUGCACACGCCAUCACUUCCGACUUCAGAUCUCCUCUUGUUGUUUGCACUGACCGCCCCAACAACCCCCAUUAUCACCAAGAUCAAGAUGACGCUCAUCAGCAAUGUGAACGAUUAUCAGAUAGUCGCCAAGACAAAGCUACCCAAGGCACUCUACGAAUACCUCGCUUCCGGAACAGACGAUGAACAGACACUGGCCGAAAACAUACAAGCUUUCAAGCAUUGGUAUCUUCGCCCACGUGUUAUGAGACCUGUCAAGGAUCUCAGUACUGUCGUGACACUCUUUGGGCAUACCAUGAAGAUGCCCGUUUUUUGUUCGCCAGCAGGAGUCCAUGCCCUCUGCGAACCAGAACAAGGCGAAUGCGCCACGGCCAAGGCAUGUGAACAAAUGGGAAUCCUAUUUGGACUUUCGCAGCACUCGACGCGAUCCAUUGAGCAAGUGCAAGAAGCAGCUCCCAAUUGCCUCAAGUUCUAUCAGGCGUACAUUCUCAAAGAUCGACAACUGACGCUGCGAUUGGUGCAACGAGCUAUUCGUGCAGGGUACCAAGGUAUAUUCUUGACAGUGGACUCUGUCAGAUUUGGCUACCGAGAAGCUGAUGCUCGCAAUGGCUUCAACGCCCUUCCAGCCCCUCACCGAUUGGUUAACUACGAUGAACCCAACACGUCAUCGGUGCAAUCCACAUCCAACAAUAGCAGUGGCAGCUCCAUGGAACAAACUUACAAUGGAGCAAAACACAAGGCAUGGGAUCAAAACUCGGAACUGAUGUUUGAACAAAACCUAUCCUGGGCCGAUGUCCGGUGGCUCAAAGAUCAAAUCAAUGCAAUUGCUGGACAACAUCACAGCAGACCAAUACCCCUCAUAAUAAAAGGAGUAAUGACAGCGGAAGAUGCACAGCUAGCCCUGCAAGCUGGCGCUGAUGGGAUCAUGGUAAGCAACCACGGUGGACGACAACUCGAUGCCUGUUUGGCCAGUAUUGAUGCUCUUCCCGAGGUGGUCGAUGCUGUGGCGGGACGGGCGCCUGUAUUGUUGGAUGGCGGCAUUCGACGAGGGACUGAUGUUGUCAAGGCAUUGGCACUCGGAGCCACUGCUGUGGGUAUUGGCAAACCCAUGUUCUUCGCCUUGGCCGUGGAGGGUCAGCAGGGAGUGCUCAAUACGCUGCAAAUGCUCCAGCAAGAAACCCAAGCCGCUAUGGCCUUGUGUGGAUGCCGGUCAGUCGACGAGAUCACACGGCAACUUGUGACGCGACAUCCCAAUGGUACAUUUGGCGGGAGAUUCUUUCGAGCAAAGCUGUGA